CGCUGCCGCCAGGGUCGCUGGUCGCCCGCGCGCUGUCUCGGCCGGUCCCGCAGCCAUGGAGGACUUCAUUGUGAUCUCGGACGACAGCGGCUCCGAGAGCUCCGGGGGGACCCGCUCGGGCCGGGCGCGGAGGCUCCGCCGGGCCCUGUCCCGGACCCCGGGCGCGCUGCCCCGCCGGACUGUGGACAUCAUCGACUUAACUAGAGAAACCAGACCAAGGGCAAAGGAUCGCAGUGGACUCUGUGUGAUUGACCUGACAGGAUCUGAGGAAGAAAGUAGACCUAUUGCCACGCUUGACUUGACUCUAGAACCUGUUGCUCCUUCCCAGAAAGAGCCAGCCAGUCUUCAAGCAUGUGCCAGCCUCUCCAGCAAAGAGAUAAUGGAAGGGUGGGUGGACAGAAGCUCUAGGCCUGCAGCACGGAGAAUCAUCAACAGUGAUCCUGUGGACUUGGACCUUUUGGAAGAAACAGCAUUCGAAGGUCCCCAGCCACCCAUGUCUAUCAGUGGGGACUCUGUUUACCCAGUAGAGCCGAACUGUAGCUCAACCAUAUUCAAAGGUGACCUCAGCUUCUUGGCAAGCCUACAGCCCUCUUCAAAUAUUCACUCCCUCCCCCACACCAGCAAUAAUAGUAGCAGUAGCAAUCAAAGGAUACCCUUGCCGUGCCCACAGCAAGAUGUGCCAUACCCACCACAAGCCUUGCCAUGCCCGCUGCGGGCCUUGCCAUGCCCACUGCAAGCCUCACCAUGUCCACCUCGAGCCUCCUCAUGCCCACCACGAGCCUUGUCAUGCCCAUCACAAACCAUGCAGUACCAGCUACAAACUUUGCCUCACCUGCCUCAAGAGGAGCCAUGUCCUCCUCAAGACAUGCCCUGCCCUCAGAAUGUGCCAGGCCCCCAGCAGGGUAUGCCAAGUCCACCUCAUGGUUCAUCAUGGCUUCCUCAGCGCUCACCAAGCCCACCUCAAGACUCACUCUGCCCACCUCAACACUCACUGGGCCUACCUCAAGAUGUACCAGGUCCACCUCAGAAUAUAUCGUAUCUGGAAGACGUGGUCCAUCUACCGGGCAUGCUGCAGUCCCUGGGAGACAUACCACAGUCACCAGAAGACAUGCCGCUGUCCCCAGUCAGCACACCACAGUCACCGAGAGACAUGCCGCCACCUCUGGUCAGCAUGCCACAGCCACCAGCAGGUGAGCCACAGUCAGCCGUCAACACACCUCCAUCAGCAGAGGCGUCACAGCCACCCAUCAACACACCUCCAUCAGCAGACGCCUCACCUCCAUCAGCAGACGUGCCACCGUCACCAGCAAGUGUGCCGCAUUCACCUAGAGAAGUCUCACGCUUAUCAGGAGAGGCCCUGCAUUCACUUGGGGCCAUGUCAUGCUCGUUGGAAGACAUGCCACCCACAGUUGGACAGUUAGCUCAUUUACCAAAAAUCAGGCCUGCCUCUCUGCAGAAUGACAUACAGAACCAUGACACCGCUAUGGAUAUCUCAGCUCCAGCCUCUCCAAGCUCCUUUCCCAGCCCACAGUCCCCAGAGUUCGAGACUUCCUUAGAGAAAGUUCCUUGGCUCUCUGUCACAGAAAAUCCAGCCAGAAAAGAGAGGUCACUGUCAGAGCCUGUCAACCCUGGGUGUGCCCUGAUACAGGCACAGAUACCGCAAGGCGGGCUGUGCAACAGACCGUGCCUACACAGACUGAAGUACUUUUUACGGCCCCCGGUGCAUCACCUCUUCUUCCAGACGCUAAUACCAGAUAAAGACACAAGAGAGAACAAGGGUCAAAAAUUAGAACCUAUCCCUCAUCGAAGAUUAAGGAUGGUGACAAACACCAUUGAAGAAAAUUUCCCCUUGGGGACUGUGCAGUUUUUGAUGGACUUUGUGUCGCCCCAGCAUUACCCACCCCGAGAAAUUGUGGCUCACAUCAUCCAGAAAAUCCUGCUCAGUGGCUCUGAGACUGUGGAUGUUCUAAAGGAGGCCUACAUGCUUCUCAUGAAAAUUCAACAGCUACAUCCAGCUAAUGCCAAGACGGUGGAGUGGGACUGGAAGCUGCUCGCUUAUGUCAUGGAGGAAGAGGGACAAAACCUGCCCGGGCGAGUCUUCUUUCUGCGUUAUGUAGUACAGACCCUGGAAGAUGAUUUCCAGCAGAUCCUGAGGAAGCAGCGACAGCACCUGCAGCAAGCCAUUGCGAGCACUGUGCUGUCCUGUGACAAGCAACCCCACAAUGUCAGGGAUGUCAUCAAGUGGUUGAUCAGAGCAGUAACUGAAGACAGAUUAAUCCAGCCCCCAAAUGAGAAUCAAACCUCUCCAGGAAAAGGAAUCUUGAAGACCAACAGUAGUCACCCUUCUUCCCAACCUAACCUGACAAAGAACGCCAAUCAGCUGAUUGUAUGCCAGCUCCAGAGGAUGCUGUCUAUCGCUGUAGAGGUGGACAGGACCCCCACGUGCAGCUCCAAUAAAAUUGCUGAGAUGAUGUUUGGGUUUGUGCUGGACAUUCCUGAGAGGAGUCAGAGAGAGAUGUUCUUUACUACCAUGGAAAGCCACCUGCUACGCUGCAAAGUGCUGGAAAUCAUAUUUCUCCACAGCUGUGAGACGCCCACCCGCCUACCCCUGUCUCUGGCCCAGGCCCUCUAUUUUCUGAACAAUUCCACAUCACUGCUCAAGUGUCAGUCAGAUAAAACCCAGUGGCAGAAAUGGGAUGAGCUGGUCGAGCACCUACAGUUCCUGUUAUCCAGUUACCAGCAUGUUUUAAGAGAGCACUUGCGGAGCUCAGUGAUUGACCGGAAAGACUUAAUAAUCAAAAGAAUCAAGCCCAAGCCCCAGCAGGGGGACGACAUCUCCGUGGUGGACGUGGAGAAGCAGAUCGAGGCCUUCCGCAGCCGCCUGGUCCGCAUGCUGGGGGAGCCGCUCGUCCCGCAGCUGCAGGACAAGGUGCGCCUCCUCAGGCUCCUGCUCUUCUUUGCCGCAGACCUGAACCCCGACUCGGAGGCCUCUCCAUAGGCCCGGAGCAGCCCAAGGUCGUCCGAGGCACUGAACACCAAGAAUCCCUCCUGAACUCCGCCUCCAACUGCUUGGAAGUCCCAGAAGGGUAGAAAGUAGUUUAAAAUCUAACAGGACCAAACCUACCUUACUUAUCUGUAGGCUAUAACUUUCUAACUCUUUAGUAAACAUCUUUUUUUUAACAACCCUG